GGACAAAAGCAUUUCCCAUCAUCCAACCUACAAGGGCGGCAGUAACAAUGCCUGAGAAAUGGCAGAGACUACAUCUCUCGAACCAGUGCUCCUUGCCCACGCUUCUGUUCAGAUAUUCCCCGACCGCGAGCGGGUAUGAGUUCUACUUGACGGACCUCACCUAUAUCUGGUCCGAGAGCCUAAAUCGCCGGGCUAUUCUAAUAAGAGCCGAGGAAGAUGACACUACCAUUGAUCCAAGCGAAGACCUAGAUCAAUUUAAAGUUCUUCUACAGAAGAUAGGAGAUGCUCUAAACAAUGACCCAGAAAGCACUACAACGCUCGAUCACAAGACACCAGGAAAUGCCCUGGAGCUUAAUAUAACGUCUAAACUGCCAGCUCCGCUGAAGCCCCUUGAAUGGACAUUAUCCCUAUCAAGGGAGGCGCAAAAUUUUACCACUACGCACCUGCUUCUUCCCUUUCUCAAGGCUGAGGCUGACCGGGAGUCGCGCCAACAAACCCUUAUAGAAGAGCUCCAUAAGAAAGACUGGGCGCUUGGAAAGCUUUUCGACAAGAUUGAAGGUAUGGGCAUCGAUCUGAGUACGAUAUUCCCAGGGACGUCAGGUCUACGUGGUGCGCGAAAGGGCACAUUGCUCGAACAAGCUACAAAACUUAUCAAAGGGGUUGCGCCGUUCGACGAACAAGCUUGGCUUGACAAAGCCAACAAAUCAUCACCUGAUUCCGGCCUGGCUGCCAACAUCGUAGAAUGCAUUGGGGGGUCUGGAAAUCCCCGGCAGCUAGAUAGGCUAGCGCUUCCAGCAGAUGAAUGGUGGAAAGAUGUUGUCAUUCCUGAGAGCGUUACACUGUCUUUUGCAUCGAAGGACGACAAAGAGCCUACAGAGAGUAAGACACCUGUAGACGCCAUGGAAACGGAUUCCGAUGCAGGGACAGAGACAGAGGACGAUGAAUUCGAGCGACAAGAAACACCCCCAAGGCUAAAGAAGCCCAUUGAAACCGCGAAGAAACCCCCUUCGCCAAGAAAACAUGCAGCAACAGAAACAGAAACAGACGACGAUAACGAAGAAAACGAGAAAGAGAUACCCCCGCCAGCCAUGCAGCCAAAGCCGCAACUGCCUGCAGCAAAGACAAAGGGCCUGGGGACAAUCGGGGGCAAAAAGCAGUCCAAACGGAAACAAGACACACCAUCACCACCACUACGAACACAAACACACCAGCAACAUUCUAAGCCCGAUGUAAAUUUAGAUGACGAUGCAACAACAGCAACAAAUUCAGGAUCAGAUGACGAGCCCCCCGUUCCACUAAACCCAGUAACAACAAAGAAAGAGCCUCCUCCCAAAUCAGUAUCCAAAGGUUCACGCGGAUUAGGGGUAAUCGGUGGAAAGAAGAAGGAGUCACGACCCGAACCCGAAUCUGAAUCUGAGCAUGUUCCUGAAGAGCCUCCUAGAAGGUUAUCUCCCUCUCCACCACCAGCUUCCUCCGAGACUAGCAAAAGGAAACCAUUGGGAAAGCUAGGCGUUAUCGGUGGUAAGCGAGCCAAACACAGUCCGGGGCCUAGCUCGUCUACACCUGUACCUCCAUCGCCGAAGAAAGAGGAAGACGAGGAAGGAGGAGAGGAGAUAAAGCAUAACCCUAUGCCAGUUAGAUCACCAGCUCCUGUGGAACAGAAGUUAAAAAUGAAGGAAGAAACAGAGGAGGAGAGGGCAAAUAGGAAACGAGAAGAAUUGAAGAGACAGCUAGAGGCGAAGAGUAAGACUCUCGUGAAGAAGAAGAGGAGGUUCUAA